CUGAGAAGGACUUAGUUAGUACUAAUGGCUUUUCAAUCAAAAUCCACAUUUCACGUCGGAGACGCAGUUGAAGUCUGCUGCAACGAGGAAGGGUUUCUUGGCUCAUAUUGGGAAGCAACCAUAGUUGCAACUUGCAACUAUGAGUACAAGCGCUUUGUGGAGGAACAUGAUGAAUCUACACCUCUGAGGGAGACUGUGAAUGUGACACAGGUGCGGCCGCUGCCGCCUAAUAUCGUGCCUUCUAAGUAUUGUAAACUUGAAGGGGACAGGGUCGAUGCUUUUCUCAACGACGUUUGGUGGGUUGGAACUAUUUCCCGGAAGUUAGACUCUGAACAUUACGUUGUCUUCUUUGAAAACACUGGGGAGCAGAAUGCUUUCCCACUUUCAAACUUGAGGUUUCAUAUGGACUGGCUCAACGGAGAUUGGGUUCCUUCCAAGAAAAGACGUGCCUCAGUUUUCUCCAAGAAAGAAGUUUGCACCGUUCGCACUAUAUUUUUCUAA